UUUCCCCCCAGCUUUACACUGUUGUUUGGCUGAAUUUGCUCCCUCCAGGAAAAUGUGUUUCUGAACAGAAGUCAGUACACAAUAUAGGGAUACUCAUGGUCUCAAGAAGGUGAAGCUUCUACAAGCCACACUACUCAGGAAAGGAGGAGAAGCAGCAGCUGCUGAGAAAACUGCUGAGAGCAGGACAGGCAGUGCCUCGCUACGAGGAGAGGGCCAGCAUGAGGACAGGAAAGAACCCGGAGGUUUUCAGAGAAGGGUUACCUAACAAAGCUCCUGCAGAAUCACACUGCCUAUGCCUGCGACGGGCAGCACCUGAGCCUGCACUGCCCUCGGCACUCAACCAUCAGCGUUCAGUCAGCAUAUUAUGGGCAGGACCCCCACAUGUGCAGUGCUUGGGAGCCUGAAACCAGGAUGACAGAACCCAGGAACUGCGUGGCACCCACCUCUUUGCAGGUACCGCAUGUUGAAAAGGUUCUUAAGCUACAGUUCCAAGAGCACAGCUGGAGUGGGAGCACCAGUAUGAGCAGUAUGAGCACUCAGUCCUUUUGCCAGACUGGGAGAGAGUCCACACGACCCUUUGUGUCUAACACUGCUGACCUGUUGGCUGUCUUCCUCUGUUGCCACUUCCAGGGAAGCUGCACAAAAGUACUGGAUGAAUGCCAAAACCUGAGAUCCUGCCAACUCCUUGUCAAUAGUCGGGUUUUUGGGCCUGAUCUGUGUCCAGGGACCACUAAAAUCCUCCUUGUCUCCUUUAAAUGCAAACCUACUGAAUACAAAACCAAAUCAGCAUGUGAAAACCAGGAACUGAAGCUCCACUGUCAGGAAUCCAAGUUCCUUAUCAUCUACUCGGCCACCUACGGCAGAUGGGCACACGAGGAGAGCAUCUGCUCAACAAAGGCGGAGCACACACCCCCCUUUGACUGUUUGUCUUACACAGCGCUGGAAGUGUUAUCCAAAAGGUGUUAUGGGAAACAGAGAUGCAAAAUUAUUGUCACUAGCCGGGAUUUUGGAAGUCCAUGCCUACCUGGAGUGACAAAAUACCUAAAUGUCAGCUAUGCAUGUGUUCCUAAAUUUAUCCUCACUGCUGUCAACCCCCUGGUCCCUGAUAACAAGUCUUCCGUCAAACAGAACAAUGGUGUUGACCUUGAUCCAAGGGAAUCGAGACUUCCAAAGAAAGAUGGAACUAUAGUUAGCUCUAACUACUUGGCUACAUUUGCAUACAUUAAAGAUCACCUUGAAAGAGCCGCUCUCCUGUUUGUGUCCAGUGUUUGUGUGGGAUUAAUCCUCACACUGUGUGCCUUGGUGAUCUGCGUAUUGUGUCCUAGUGACAUCCAGAAGCUGCACAGGAAGAGGGAUCAGCUAGUGCCAGAGAGUGCCAGAGCCUAUGAGAGCAGUGAACAGGAGGAGGAGGAGGAAGAGGAGGAUUUCUCCCUUUCAAACACCCAGGAUGAGACAGAUGGACUUUACAGACCUUGUUACUCAGGUUAUAACUCAGCAGAGGCAGCAGAACUGGCCGAAAGGAUUGAGCGCAGGGAACAGAUCAUACAGGAAAUUUGGAUGAGCAGUGGUUUGGAUAUGACACCCCCUAGAAAUAUGAAUACAUUUUAUAUUAAUGAACAAUAAAUGGCUUAUUUUGGAUGACACUCUAUCCCUUUUUUUGGAAAAAAAAAAAAUGUACCUUCUGUGAAGGAACAUUUGUAUGAGUGAAUAUAAUUAUUUGUAAAAUAAAAAGAAAUAUAUGCAAUAAAAAAGGGUUUCAUAUCUUUGACUGUCUAUAAACCCUUCUGUGAAAAACACUACAGUUUUAACUCAUGGUACAGAUUACUUUUCACUGUAAUUUGGGAUCAACUGCCAAAUGCAUGUUUAGGAAUAUUAAAAAAGGUGAAAAAUAUUUAAGCAGAUGUAUUCAACCAUCAGAACAGACUGAUGUGCACCUGUGUUGGCAAAUGUGUGAAGGACAAGCUCCAAAACGGCUGCUUCUUUCAUAAAAGACUCUUGACGUUGCCACACGCUAAGAAUAUUUUACUUAAGGGAAAAACUGGUUAAUUUUUCUGAUCCUAAAGCAGGGUUAGAGCCAGUACUUGAAUGCAGGUCAUAUUCUCAGGAUUUUUUAUCAGUUCACAAUCUUCACUCGAAAAUUGUUAAGCUAGUCAGAUUUGGUUUCAGUUGGAGAGAAAAUUAAACCAGUACUGUAUCUAAGCUGAAACCACAACAGCCUUCCUGUCUUAAAAAUGUCUCCAAUAUUUUAGCUGCAGCCCAUAGGGAAUUUACUGAACAAAAGGAGGAAAACUGUCACUUCCUAUUGGUAAUACUUCAUGGGCUUAUUGUGCUUCCCCACUCAGAUGCUGUGUGUCCAGGUAGAGCAUAGUAUGAAACACUUGGAAAGAAAACAGUGACAUGACUUGUCAUUUCCUACUGAUACAAAGUCAAAUUAAGCCUGGAAAAACUUUAAAGGGAGGAAGGGAACUUGCUCAGAUGACUAAGGCACAAUCCUGUGCUCAACUGGAAAAAUCUCACCAGCAAUUAGCAUCCUAUCAGAGGAAGGAAGAGAGGCUAAGGAGAUGGAUGGAAGGUUGAGGUCACCCAGAGCACUGGGAAAUUGCAGGAGAGGCUGGGCACAGCCCAGGAGCCUGGAUGCAAUCCUGCUGGGCCACUGCUCUCCCCUUUCCAGUAGGAAGUCAUCAUAGCCUGUGCUAUGUGCAAUGUUGAUUAAAAGGUUUCGGUCUGGAGAAGCCCAUGCCUUGGUCCUGAGUUUGCCUUUGGGGAGGGCUCUGGGCCAGAGCUGGCUCCUUCCUCCUGACUCAUGGGGCAGGUGCCACCCAUUUCCUGGUCAGACAGAAAGGGACUGAUCUACGUCCCAACAAUUCCUCCUGCUGACAGACUGUACUAGUGAAACAAAUCUGACCCUCUUCCUUUUACUGGAGCGGGCUGGGCCCUGGCCUGCAGGGCUGAGGGCAGGGGCUCCAAGGGCCCCUGCUCUGACGGGCUCCCCAAAACUCUUGAGUCCUGGUGAAACUCCCUUCUGUUGAGCCUGGGGCCCACAGGCCAGCUGAUCUCCAGCUGCUCUUUUCUAGCAGUUACCUGUCUGGCAGUUAAUGUUUAUAGUCACUAAAAUUUGUGCAUUUUCUUCCCUCAUUUUUUAUUGGGAAGCCUUAGUGGAGUUUUAGCCCAUAAGCUGACAUCCUAAAAAAAGCUGGGAGUUAUCUUUCCUUCAGACUCCACUUUGCUCAAGAUUAGGUAAAGUCAGUGUGCCCUAGGGGUGGCCCCCUGGAGAAGACCUCAACCAGCCAAAGAUAGGACUCCACAAACUUUCCAGGCAACCUGUGCCAGUGCUUGGCCAUUCCCACAGUGACAAAGUGCUCUCUGAUGUUCAAAGGGAUCCUCUUGUGUGUCACUUUGUGCCCACUGCCUUUGCUCCUGACACUGGGCACCCAGGUCCUUUCCCCAGUUAGUUCACUUCAUCCACACAUCUGUCCAUCUGAUACCCCUCGCUGGGAUUUCCAGCUGAAAUCAGGGUCUUCACUCCUGGUGGCAAAACAACUGCAGUGGCAGAUGAUCAGCAGAAAGCAGUUUGCAGCUUAAGAAGCAAGUCCCUUCCUUAGGGCAAAAUGCUUCACUUUUCCCAACUCCCAGUCCUCUCCUUGCUUUUACAGCCUUGGAGGAAAAAGACCUUCUGUAUUGAAAUCGUGAUUUAACUGAUGACUUGAUCCCCUCCUGAUUUUCCUCCCUGCCUGGCACCACACACUGGUGGGCAGACAGCAAAAAAUUCCUGCAGGUGCCAGAGAAGAAGCUGCUUCCCAGGAUGGAGCAUUUCACAGCCACUGGGAAUGUGCUUGGAGGGAAAAAAAAAAAAGUGCAGUGCUUAAUAAUGCAUGCCUGUUUAAAUGGAUCCUCAAACAUAGUGGCAAACCCUGUCCAAACCCCAGCACCAGAAGAAACUGAGCAGGGCAGGUGAAGCAGCAUUUUCUUCAGGCUGUGAGGUCAGGCUUCACUCAGGAUCUGUUCCUUUGAACUAUUUAUAGUCUGAAUUUGGGUUGCUAUUUUAUUCAUUUUGCAUAAACUUUCCAAGUCUACCUGGGGAAAGCUGUCAAUUAGUGGUUCACCUCACUUCCAAAUAUUCACUGUUCACAGCAGUCUGAGUCAGAAUGAAGACAAACAUGGAAAAACCUGAUAAACAGACAUUGAAUUAUUUGGAUCUUUCUGAAACAACACACAAUACAAAAGUAUCCAGAAGACAAAACAGAAAAUUAAUGAGGCAUGCACUUAUCUGUCCCAAGCCCUGAAAAAACCAGCAGCUUCAGUGCCAUAGCUGGAAUCUCUCCAGGCUGAAGAUGGAGGUAUCCACAGGGAGGGUGCCAUGAGGCAGCAGCAGCAAUGCUAUGGGAAGGACACUCAGGGCUGGCUGUGGGAUGGAGUUUCAGCAGUCAAACCCUUGCAAUUUCCCAGAAGAGCAGCCUAAGGAGAAAAUACUGCAAAGGAGAGCUUGCAAAUUGUUUGGACUAUUUGGUUCGUGCCCCACACAUGGCUGUGGGCAGGACAAACUGGAAAUUUACUGGAAAUUAUAUGACCCAGCAUCAACAUCUGAACUUGCUGGAAGGCAACAUGUAGCGCUGGUGUGGCUGUUUGAACUCCCCACUCCUCCCUUGAAGUUAGCCUCAAGUUUGUCACCAGGAACACUGGGUGAGGUUGUAGGAAGCAAGAAAUAAAUCCUUCCAAAUCUUAGGUGAGGCAGAGAAUGGAGCAAAAUGUGGGAAAGCAAAACCAUGAAAAGGAGAAAAGGAAUGAAACCAGGUGUGGAAACCAUUUCCAUUCAUCAGGAUGGUGAUAUGGCCACAAACCAAACAUUUUAAUAAUGCUCUGCUGUGUGUCUCCUUUGAGAGAGAAUGGAUUUUCUCCUUGGAAGGGCAUUGCUCCUCUUAAACUUCCAGAAAUAAAUGGUUUCAAAAAAAGGCAAAACGCUUUUGCAAAGUUGAAAAGUGUGGUGUUUCUAUCUCAUUAUCUCCUUGGAUAGUUAAAUACCCAUAGGCUUUCCUGGGUUCCGGUACUCUUUAAUAAUUUUCCAGUGAGUUCAUUCAAUUUCAGCCACAAUGAAUCAAUCCAGCAGAUCCACACUGUUGUGAGAACUCUGAAAAGGAUCAAUGCUAUGUAAAGUCUGCUCAGCUAAAGAAAAAAACAGCACCAAUUACAGGAGAGAACAGCAGUCAAAUGAGUGCAGAAACUGUGUUAAAUAUUUCCUAUGCCUGCUUUUCUCUUGCUUUCAGAGAGGAAAUGAGAAUAUUAUAAGCUCCAGGACACUGAUUUUCCUCUUAGGAAGUGGUAGAACAAAGUGUUUUGUUAAAAAACAUUUUUUGCCAUGUGAAAUAAUUCCAAAUAAAUUUUAAAUGUAAAUGAUUUGAAAUUUUUCAACUCAGAAAUGCUGGUUUUCCUUUUUGUAAAAAGUCAUGUUACUGUAAAGUUGAAAUUCAAGAAAAACUACCAGACCCCAAAAUUCCUUAAGAGUAAAAAAAUCAGUGAUUGACAUAAAACCACCAUGAAUAGUUCACUGAGUGGCAUUAAUGACCUUUUCUGCAUCCAAUCUUCAAGCUGUGAGUUCACCAAACACUUGACUUUUAACUUGAUUGGUGUUUCUUCAACCACACUAAUACAGAAAAUCAUGAUGAUUUCUUUACUUCCAUCCUAAGAGAUCUAUUGCUAUUAAACUUAGGUUUAUCCAAUCUACCUGCAAAUGAUGCUUAUUUUUGUAUACAAAUUACUGUCAACCUCUACAUACCAGCAAGAUAAACUAAAUCCAAAGAAUGAAAAUGAUGCAUUCCAGAAGGAUAUAACUAGUGUCUAUACAAAAACACUUCCUUUAAACAAAUAUUAAGAGGUUAACUCAUUUUAAAAUGACAGUUUGGAAAUAGCUAUGUUGAAAUAUGAACAACCACAUAAAAAAAUCCCAAUUCUCCCUGGAUUAGUUAAAUAAAUUAUCUUCUCCAGAGCACACCAUCUAAUAGUAAUGCAAGAAUGAGAAGAGAGUAUAAAGAGCACUCUGAACAACACCAAACAUUCC